AUGUCGUGUCCCGAUUGCUUCAACGGCCAUGUGCACGAAGGGACCCCCCGUGGUGAGGUCACCACCUUGCACGGGUUGAAUGCCUACACUGCAUCGCCGUCCGAUGCACCUCACCGCGGCAUCAUCAUCAUAGUGCCUGAUGCUUUUGGUUGGGAAUUUGUGAACAAUCGCAUUCUUGCCGAUAGUUAUGCUGAAAAGGGGAAAUAUCUUGUCUAUCUUCCCGACUUUAUGGAUGGACACGCAGCGCCCGUCAGCAUGCUAGCCAAUACGAAAGAGCUGCUCCGAACGGAUGGACUGACAACUUGGCUCACAAAGCCAUAUUACUUAGCUUCAGUGAUGACCCAGAUCAUUCCUUUCAAAAUGUACAACUCCUUCGAAGCAUCAUGGCCUAUCGUGAGCGACUUCUUCAAGUCCGUUCGAGAGAAUGAAGGCUCCGAGCUGCCUAUCUACGGGGCCGGAUUCUGUUGGGGAGGGAAACAUAUUGUUAAUCUUGGCUUCGAGGAUAUCGAAUCAAACGGCAAACCCCUGAUUAACGCUGGAUUCACCGGUCAUCCGAGCUUUCUCGAGAUCCCAAGCGAGAUCGAGAAGAUCAAGAUACCUAUUAGCUUUGCGCUUGGUGAUAAGGACAUGGUCAUCAAGCCUCCGCAGAUUAAACAGAUUCAACAAGUCUUCGAAAUGGAAAAUAAGUCCGAGAAGGGGGAAGUGAGGGUUUAUGAGGGGGCUGGUCAUGGGUUUUGUGUUCGCGCCGAUUUUGUUCUAGGCGAUGCAACCAAACAGGCCGAUGAGGCGGAGAACCAAGCAUUAGAUUGGUUCGAGAGACACCCGAGCUUGUGA